AAACUUUGUUCAUUCGUCAUUUCUGGUUAUUGUGCAUUGCUUUAUUUCAACUUGAAAAAAAAAACAGUUCUUAUCAGAACUCAUUAUAUAACUUUUUGAUUAAAUAUGGAUGCUACUCCAAGUACCAGCGGUCUUUGUUAUCCACCAAAAAGACGGAAAUUGAUAAGUUUGGGUCAUUUAUCACUAAACGAAAAACAGAGUAUGAUAAAUUUGUAUAAACAAAUUUUAACUGAUCAACCAAAAAUCAAGUUAACUGCUGCCGUGUCUAAAAUUGUUACAAAUGGGAUUGCGAAAUCGACUGUAUAUCGUACGAUAAAAGAAUAUUUCGAUAUUUUUCCGUACUUCGGUACGGGAACAGUUGUUAGUCCAAAACAUUCUGGAGGUCGUCCAGGCCUUGUUAAAACAUUUGAUGAAACUAGUAAAAAUAUCAUUCGACGAAUUGUACAUGGUUUCUUUUUUAAAAACGAUAUCCCCACAUUGAACAAAAUUUUAAAUGAAAUUAAGAAAAAUACGGAUUUACAAAAUGUCUCUCGUUCAUCAUUAUACAAACUUAUGAAAGAAAUCAAUUUCAGGUGUUGCAUAUAUCAAGCUUUUAAGAUAUCUACAAAAAUAUGAAUGAAUCCAAUCCACCUAUUAGGAGAAAAUUUAUCAAGAUGAUAUUUUAUAUCAUUUAGGAAGUGCAGAGAGGCUCCAUCAUAUAUAACAUCACAAUCACGUAACAUGGGUGGGAAAUCAUUUUGGAGACAUUCUAAAUAUAGCUUACCAUUCAGGUUAUUAUCAAGAAAAUGUGGAUCUAUUAAAUUAUUACCAAGUAUUCCUGCCCACACAUUAACAUAAGAUCCAUGUUGAUUCUUUGUUUGAAUUGUACUGUGAGGAUUUUCAUCUCAUAAAUAUAAAUUAUGGGAAUUAAUAAAACUGUCUUGUGUGAAACCAGCUUCAGCAGUAAACAGUAUUUUUCAAACAAGUGUAUUAUCAUCUCGUCUAUCUAUAAUAGCUGGACAUUUUUUUACUUGAAAAUUUACUACUGUGCCUUCUUACCCUAGUUGGUACGCAACUAACGAUACCCUGCAUUGUUAUGUUAGUUGCAUAUAUGAUCUCGCGUGUAUCAUUUAAUAUGCUCGAAGUUAUACUGGUUACAUACCUAUUUUCCGUUACGAAACCAGUAAAGCAUUUUAUAUUUUGUUGAUACCUUGAUUAUCAUAUCAGAUAGUUAGAUAGAUAAUAAAGCAUGUAGAAACAUGUCGAAGAUAUUGAUAUCUGUCUAUGGUGAUAAUUUAGUAAUUACACAGAUUAUAAGUAAUAUAAGCUAUUAAAAAAAUGGCAAUUAGUCACUAAAAGAAUAAUCAAUCGUCUUUGACCUCAAAAACAAAUAAAAUUUUGAGUGGAUAAAGUGGAUAAACAUAUUCGUUCAUUAAGGUAAUGGAAUGUUGGCGAAAAGAAUUGAAAAAUGAUCAAAUGUUUUUCUUCUUUGAAUUAGUAAUUUAUACCAUAUUUGAAAAUCUUAUUUCUUCCGUUUAGAAUGUAUAUUUUUAAUGAACUGAUUUCAAAUUAGUUCGGACUCUUUAAAGAUUUCCAGAAAUAAUUUUCUGUUUAUUUCAAUGAAUCAAACACUUGGAGUAGACAUGUUGAAAGAAGUUUGAAAGGUUGGGUGCAUGGAGCACUACUAACCAUUAGUCUCAUCUGCGUUUCUAUUUUUUUUUGGAGUGCUUCAGGUGAAUAAUACUCUUAUGAAAUUUUUUUAUAAUUUUGUUGGAUAUUAAAUGCACAAAUGUUUUCAAAGGAUCUAUUGUGCCCCCUUUCUUGCUGCGAUAAUGAAGAACCCAGUAUUUACAGCUGAUCUGUUAAUCCUACUCCUCCUAGAAAGUUCAGAAUGUGGGAUGACAGAUCUUCAUCUUCUGUUCACUUCUCACAAGAGAAUGAGGUAUCGUCCUCUGCGCAACAGAAUCUGCACAUCGUAUUACCUGCCAAGUCUAGCGUCUUAAGAUGCCCAUUGGAGUGACAGUGCCCCAAUAAGACUCCGGAGACUGUUAGUAUAUCUCCUCUAGUUAUAGCUUUCCAGAAGUGUCUUUACCUAUCUCAACCCCUGGAGGUUUCCCAGUAGCUGGUUUUACUCUUAUCUACUUUUAUUUCCAAUGUUUUCUCUAUUAUUUUGUAGCUGAUACCACGCAAGGGUUCAAGUCCAAUGAAGAGUUUGUCUGCCUCUACUUUAACUGAUCUGUCAGCUAUUCUGUUUCCCUACACUCUGAUUGGUCCCGGAAUCCAUUGCAGGGUUGCUUUAUUUUUCUUGCCUAACUCUUUGAAUUCGACUAGGCGUUCACAAUUUAGUUUGGAUUUUAUGAUACAUAUUUUUCAAUUGCAUAAAUUUCUACUGGAAAAAUAUUUGGUGUGUCGCCCAGGCUUUCAGAAUGUUUAGUUCUGGGCUCGUACACUCCUAUUCCAAUUCUGUGUGCUGCUUUAGAAUCGUUGUACCAUUUGUUGAUAUUUCUGUUCAUUUCUCGUUUUUCAUGGGCGGUUUUUGUUUGAUGAUUUUGUCUCUAAACAUUCUGAGUGAUGUUAUUUCUGCCAGACUCUCCAGUACUAUGCCAAUUUUUGAACCUUCGAGAAAUUGUUCCUCGUGGUAUUUAGACUGGUUCUAGUUCCCCAAACCAUUGGCCUGUAUGUCAUUAUUGGUCUCACAAUUGCCUUGCACAUCCACAGUAGAAUCGUUGGGUUACAACUCCUAUUUCUCCCUGUACAGUUUCUGUACACCAUCAGGAUUUUUUUUAUCUAACACUUGGUAACAGUUUUCACAAUAUUACUCGUGAACUACUACAAAAAAGGGUCAAGUUUCUGGUACAUAAAGGUGGUUAAGCGAACUUUAGAAUGAAACAAAAAGCAACCUUCUUUUAGUUAAUAUUUGUAUGGAUGGGAUGGUACGUUUUCUAGUUGUUACUUGGUUGCAGAUAUUUCCUAUGCGAAAAUUACAAAGUAGAUUAUGUGACAUUGAUUGUGAGGACGAUUUUAAUCUCGAUUAGUGAUAAUUAGAGAUGUUUUUUAUAAAUAAACUUUUUUUCAUAAUA